AGUUGGCAACAGACUGUCGAGUGGGUCGUCCGAGAGAGCGAGCGAGCGAGCGAGCGCGCGCGUGUGUGUGUGUGCCUCCGUCGUACGUCGCUGCUGCGGAGCUUCGAGACGCGGCGCCGUUGUCCGCUCGUCUGCCGCGGGGGCUAUCGUGAUCUGAGCGACGCUGCGUCAACGAACAGGCGGCACGGCUGCCAUGGGGCUGGUGGACGAGAUCAUUUGACCCACGGGAACGACUCCAGGCUCGGUGGGAUCGUCGUGCUGCCUCCAGUGAGAGCUGCGAAUCGGUAUGCACUGCCUAGGCGCGGUGACGGCUGGCACCUCCAGCCCGAACGGGGUUGGCGGCCGGGAUGGUACUCUUAGCGUGUUUCGAGCCCUUGGAGUCCUAGUGUGCGAAGGGAGAAUACAGGGCCCUCCGCGUGGCUACAAAGAGGGUCCACACUGUGCACCGCCUAUGCAGGCGGUCCCAAACGAUCACGUGUGUGAGGAGACCAACUAUUUAUGCGAUCGAUAUUUGGUACUAAUCCGGGAAAUAGCGGAACGCAUUGCCACCGGCUCGUAUCUGUGCGUGGAAGUGCUUCUGUGCAGUGAUUGUCCGUGCGGUUUGGCGAAGUCCACCAGCAAGUAUCCAGUCUGCCCUGUGCCGUCCAUCUCGCCAUGGCAGCACACGUCGGAUAUAUUACUGGAAUACUGGUGUAUUUCUAUUGUCCCGAGCAAGAGUCCAGAAACGAUGAACUACCAAGGAUUAUACCAGGCGGUCCGUUCGCGGCUGCACUUCAGCCAGGUCGCGGCGUGGUGGUCACGCAGCAACGGUGCGGAGCCAAGUUACAUUGCCACUCGUAUCGUGCCACACAACGAAGACAAUCUCAGGAAGUUUCGGGAGACUCCGGUGGAGCACACCUUUCCUUUGGCUGGUAACGGCGACGGAAAUUCCAUCAAGAUCACCGUCUGGGCUCUGCCGCGGAUGGAGGAGGUGCCGGUGUUGACGUGCUCGUUGCAUCCGAAGAAGGAGAAAGACGAGGAGGAUAUUGCGAGAGCGUUGACGCCCACCAAGAGCAUCCCGGUGUCCGUCGCUGCGCAGAAUCCCCCUGAGGGUCUGGUCUUGCCUGCUCUGGUGGACGACAGGUUGCAAACCUCCUGCAACAAGUCCGGCAAGCACCACUGUCACUGCGAAGAGGAAGACGCGUCGCCUCUGUCGCCCACCAUCAGGUCGAACAGCGAACGGAAGCGCCGCCGAUCACUCCCCUGCGGCCCGGCUGAGAACUUUUGCGUGACCUUGCAGCCGGUGCCGAUGCCGUCCCUCCAAGAGUCCAUCCUGCAGGAGGCGAAGGACAGCGUGAGGGGCACCACCGAGAUGGCGAACAAUCGCAGCGCGGCGCGGACGCUUCAGAACAAGUCGGAGAGCAGGGACGAGGUGUGGGCCCGCAACAAUCUGAACGCGGACCACCUGGAGCGCUGCUUCAAGGCGCAGCUGAACAUCGAGGACCGCGACAGCAGCGUGGAGAAGCGUUGCAAGCGCGCGACGGAGGUGGCCGAGGUUGCCAACUCGAAGACCAACGUCGACCGGAUCGAGGAGAGCUACAACAACUCCACCAAGAGCUCGAUCAAUCCCGGAAGAGGGUCCAACAGUUCGUGCGAGACCAAAGCCGCGGGAUUGAAAGGCGCCCUACUGGAGAACCUCGGGCCCUUCGCUCCCCAAUUGCCGUCCGGGCUGCCUUGGUCUUUCGUCUCUUCGUGGCAGAACAGCAACAUGAACAGCAAGUUCCAGAGCUUCUGCGGCGCGAAGGAGGCGCGCUUCAACGACUCCGAGAGGUGUUACAAGCCACCGAUCGCCAAGGACACUAACAUCGCGAUCGACCCGUACGCUCAGCCCAAUCCCUUUCACGAGUCGAAUCCUGGGCCCUCGACGUAUAAUAAUGUAUACUGCCGCAAGGUGGACAAUUCCGCCUGCACCGUACACCAGAGUUGCUUCAAGAACGCCAACAAGACUGCUCCGGCGGACGCGGUGGAGGCCAACGAUAAGGAAGACAAUACCGCCAAGGGUCGCGGGAGGACCGGCAAGGACUUUGGCCACCUCAUGUGGAAACUGUCGUUCCCAAACGAGAAGGACAGGCAGGAGGAGGGGGGGAUCCUCGAUUGGUUCAGCAGAGUGCCCGGUAGGGUGCUGGGAGUCACGGCUGCGAAGGGCUGCGUCGAUAACAACAGCAAGACGAAGACCGACGCGAAGCAGCCGGAGCACCAUCAUCACCAGGGCACCAACGAGAUCAAGUUCAAGAACUGCAAUCUCGAGCUGAGCCCGCGAGAGGUGAACGAGGUGCUGGCGGUCCUGCGCGCCAGGACGCCCUCGGGCCGCCGCAGGGCCACCGUGAAGAACGUGAAGAGACGCGAGCGGUCCGAGAAGGCCGGCGAAGAGGACAAGCUGUGCUCGCUGAGCGCGACGAACCGCUCGAUCAAGCCUUGCGAGCUCUACGACUGCAAGAGGCUGUACAAGAAGACGGAACAGCCCUCGGGCGAGCCGGCUCUGGACCGGGUCUACUACGACAAGAACAUCUACCAGCCGGCGCACUCCAAGUUCCACGAGUGGAACCAGUGCGGCGAGGAGCCGCGGCAGGAUGGCGUGAACGGCGACGCGGAGCGGCUGCAGAACGUCUCGACCAAGGCGGACGUGCUGCUCGGGGCGAUCCUGCGGAACGGCAGCAGGGACAGGCAACCGGAGCGGAAGGCCCGGUUGGACGUUUCAAACGGGACCAGACCGAGGUCGACGACUAGUAUUGACGACGACGACAGCGACGAUUCUCGCGCGACGAGCCUCGAGAAGCUCGAGCUGGACCAGAGGACCGUCUGUGCCGACGAGAAGACCUUGCCGCUCGCGGUGAACAAGAGAUUCAACAAGAUCCGUCAGCUGUUCAAGAGGGAGGACGACCGGAGGACCACCAACGACGCGACGGGGGAGGGCUCGUUGGAGCAGCCAGCGCGGUGCUCCAGCCCGGCGUCCUCGUCGCGCCACAACAACGAGCAGCCGGAGAAUCUGCACAACUCCGCGAGGAGCAAGACGAAGCGGCGAAUCGACUUCGCGAACUUUCCGGAGGCCGCCGAGAGGAAGGGCCCGGCGGCGGCUCCAGGGCUCAGUACAAAAGACGCACAUCAAAAGCCACCGAUACAUAGUACAAAUCACGUCGACGAUCGCGAUUCCGCGGGCCUAAAUCGGCAGGGCGGCUGCGACAGGCUGCUCGUGGACGCGGGCCCGCUCGCCGAGCGGGACGACGCGAGGGACACCGCCGUCCCGAAGAACAACCUGCUGACGACCGCUGCGACGCAGAACGGACUUUCGUCUUCCAAGGCGCGGAACAACAAUAAUCACAAGGACGGCGUGGUGGAGGACGAUGAGGCCGUCGACCGGGGCGUGCCGUCCGCUCUCGAGCAGGAGAGAUUCCGCCGCUCGCUGGAGAACGCCGCGUCGAUGGUGUUCCACAGCAGAACCGGCCUGCCGUUGACCUCCAGCCCGGCGCCGCUCAGGAGGGGCAGCUGUUGCUUCGAUUACGACAGCAGCUUGAAUUCCGUCUCUUCUAAACGCAGCGCACUGUUCGAGCUGAACACGCCGCCGAGCCCGGGCGCGGUGUCACUGGAGGAAACUGAUCGCGAGACGGAGAACGCCGGCGAGGGCGAGGAGACACCGAGAAGACGGUCCAGUUCUCGCCACCGGCCGCAGAGUCACGCUCUCCUAGGCAGCUUCGAAGAGUCGGCAUUGAACGGCCGACUCGAGCCAGUGUCCACCGUUCACGGUUUCACGGCGGAGCUCGGCGCCAGCGGUUCUUUCUGCCCGAAGCACCAGAAGCUUCCAGUCACCGUGUUCUUCUACACGCUCGGUGACAACGACAAAGUCUCCACGCCAUACCUUGCUCACAUUAACCUGGAGAAGAAAGGCUAUCAGGUACCGAGAAGCGGUACCAUCCAAGUGACCCUUCUCAAUCCGUUGGGUACAGUCGUUAAGAUGUUUGUAGUACUGUACGAUCUUUCCGACAUGCCGCCGCGAUCUCAUACUUUUUUACGUCAAAGAACACUGCGGGACAAAACACUGCGCUACCUCGUUCACCUUAGAUUUAUGUCCAGCAAGUCAGGUCGAAUUUAUCUGCAUACGGAUAUCCGUAUGAUCAUCUGCCGCAAGUCCGACGUGGACACGGCGUCGGACUUCGGCUCGGAGCCGCCGAAGGAACUCAGGAGCUACAUCCACGGUCCUACGAAUCCGAAGUUCUCGCCAAGGUGCUGAGCCACGUGGUUCUUUCCAUGGGGCUGCUGCCAAUCGUUCCGCCCGCCCAGUCCCCUUCACGUCGAGGUGUGAUUCGAUGCGUCGCCACCCUCAACCAUCCAAAUUCGAAGUCGAGCUUUCUUCUUACUUCUUCUUCCAAUGCCACUCCGGCGGCCGACGGCGACACGUACACCACACCAUCGCGAUCCCGCACCGCUUUAGAGAAAACACGUAGUUGGGAUGUUAUUGUGAUUUGUUACUACCUUCUAAUUCGCAAACCUCGCUCCCGAGAUCUCGGGACGCUCCGGGAGUAGAAAACAGCCUGGUGUACACAAGCGUUAGUCGCUCGAGAGACAAUUGUGAUAAUGUUCAAACAAAGGAUGCAGAUUUGACGAAGUGAGAUCAUUCAAUUGGUUCAUCCCGAUUUAUUUCGGAUCACGGAGAGGGUUUGGGGCUGAGAGGGUUCGAGAGAGCGUGAGAGAAUGCGAGGAGGGAAAUACGAGAGACACGUGCUAAGGACGGACUAACCGUUCAUGUUGGAACAAUAAUUUAUUGUUGUACGAAAUGAUGUAUAAUUUUUAUAAUACCUAGUGCUAUAAGAUUAUAUGAUAUUGUCGACGAUUGUACGUUCUUUCUGUGUGAAAUAAUUGGCUAACGUUUGCAGAGCGAAAAUUACGUUCUUUGCACGCGGCUCGCGCGCGGUCAAUAGUUAAGUUAGAAAGUUAAGCCUUCUGAUUCGGCCAUUGGAUUCCAACAUGACCGGUCCGAUUGACAUUGAAAUCUCGAAAUUGCGAUUACACUUUCCGCUUCGGGGAGGGAAGGGGGAGGGAAGUGUCACUUUGAUCUAUGGUUCGCGCUUGCAAUAUAGGAUGCUACGCGUGUAACUCCACGCGUGUGCCGAGUUUUUUCGUUUCAAAUUAUCCCUCGUAUCGCAGGGCUGUGUACCGAUGCAUAUUUUUUUUUUUUUUCAGUUGUACGAUUCUGCGUUGCGUUGACAGAGAGAGACGCCUUUCCGUUGAUUAAACCGUGAGAAAACGCGUAAAAAAGAGAGAGAGAGAGAGAGAGAGAGAGAGAGAGAGAGAGUGAAUCGUAAUAGGAAAAUCGGUCAAUUCACGGAGCGCGCACUGGAGGGAUUUUACGCCGAUCUUUUCUUUCUGUUCUUUGUUGUCCAGCGUUUGUAUUGUAAUCGCUACUAUAGUGCAUGCUGCUAACCAUUACAUUUACGGAAGUUUAUCGCAGGCUGGACGAUCUCGUUGGGAGGCCAUUUUCUCAACUUAUAUUGCUGUAAAUAUAGUCACAGGCGUAGAGAUCGAGUAAGAGUUUUUAAGCGGGAUGAUACUGCCAUUGUGUGUGUAGCACCCUACGUUUAAAACGAUACAACAAGUGAUAUAUAAGCGUAAAAACUCCGCCGGCGUAACCCGGUCGCCUGUUCACCCGCGGUGUAUGUGCAUAUCUGAAUGUGUGUCGAGUACGAAAAGAGAAGGUACCGUACGUGCAAUGAAGAGUACAAAGUUAUCGAUGCGUUACUUGGCGCGGCCGCAGGAAAUGAUGGAACGGGUAAUGGCUCGUCGUGUGUUUCGCGACGAGAAGGAAAAACUUCUGAUCAGGCCGAGAUAUUCUCUUUGUUUAUCAGUUUUCGGUUUCUUUCAGACCUUCCGCUACUCUUCGCCGCCGACGAAUGCGAGUAAGGCGCGGGCGACCGGAACCGGCGAGUUUUUCCGUGGAGGAAGUAACAAAAAUUAUUAUUUACACAUAUAAUCAUUAUAUAUAUAUAUAUAU